AUGCUACUCCCAAUAUCCGGCUACCAGAAGGUCACUGUAACAUCGCUUGAUGAUGCUUGUCAACCAAUAAAAGAUUUAUUCGAUCAAAAAUUAAAGGACUAUAUUACCAUAGCCAAAAUGAAUUCAACACAGCCCAAAGAUGGGCUCAAAAAGCCCAACUCCUCCGAAUCCAAAAGUAAAUCGCCAUACUCUAACAAGAAACUUAAUUGCAAUGGACGUGCUUGUGUCGAAUGUGGUCACUGCCGCGAUUGGUACUGGCGUCCUAAUGGUGAUGACAAGGAUUAUACAAAGCGUAAGGAUGCAACUUGUACUUCUGAUGGUUAUGAUCGUGGUUUUCGUUUUCCUUUCCGUAAUGGUCGUCUUCGUUUUGAUGAUGAUGAUGAUGAUGAUGAUGAUAAUGAUGAUAAUGAUGAUGAUGAUGAUUGUCGUCGUAAUUAUUAUCAUUUUGUUUAUUCUAUUUCUUACGAUGGUGGUAUUGAUGUUAUUGAUAAUCGUCUAUGUCAAUGUGACAAUAAUCGCUCUUAA